AUGAUCCCGCAAAUCCUCACUGAUUACGGCAACCCAUUCUGGAUUUCAGAAAUAUGCUUCCUCCAAACUGGGAUCGUGAUGGCUCGCAAUUCUGCAGGCUCCGACGAUGCCAUCCACACGGACAGGAACGCGAGGGCUCCCGAUCAUGCAAUCUCUGACAGCGUUCCCCACGAGAACAAGAACACUGAAUUUGAAGCGCUUUUGAAACUCGGAAGCCAAGAACUCACAGAUGCAAAUGCAAAUCUGCUAAAGAACCCAAUACACCCAAUCUUCCAGAAACAGAGGUGGCGGAAAUCAGCGCAAGAUGCUUGGCUUCCACUGCAACCUGCUCUGAGUCUGGCGUCAAAAGCCAUCGGCGAAGACGAGAUGGUAGCUUUUUGGUACCAUCUGGUUUGGGGAAGAUAA